AUGACUUCAACCAUAAAAUCUAUUGGCUACAUUGGCCUGGGGCUUGCUGGCGGGCCGCUGGCUCAGAAUGUUGCUCAAAAGGGCUUCAAGACAAUUGUUCGUGAUGCGGACAAGGAGAAGCAACGAAAGUUUGUUAUUGAAAAUAAGAAACUUCCGGUUGAAGAGGCUGGCGCUGGGCCGGACGCAUUCAAGGACGUCGAUGUGUUGAUCACCAUGGUGCCAAACGGCCACAUCGUCCGAGACAUCCUCCUCGGAGAGCAAGGCAUUGCUCCUUACAUGAAGCCUGGUAGGAUAUUCAACAGUCUUUCUGUUGAGCGAUUUGCUGAUGAAGAUGCUUUAGGCUGUGUCAUUGUUGACACUUCUUCUUCGGAUCCUUUUGGCACUCAGCAACUGGGCAAAGACCUCGAGAAGUACCAGCUCCGCCUAGUAGACUCUCCAGUCACUCAAGUCAGAAUGCACGGGAUCAACGAUGGCGAGGCUACCUUCAUGAUUGGCGGGGCCCAGGACGACAUUGACUUCGCAAUGCCCGUCUUGAAGACCAUGUCUCGAUGGCGUUUUGUGAUGGGUCCUUUGGGUAGCGGCCAUGUCAUGAAAACUUUCAACAACUACGUCACCGCUGCCGGUAUCGCAGCUCUUAACGACGCUUUUAUCGUCGGUCGCAAGAUGGGCUUGGAUCCUGCACAGAUCACGGACGUUCUUAAUGUUGGCACUGGCCGUAACUACGGCACAGCUCACUCCAUCAGGGCCGAGGGGCUAACAAGAACGUAUGCCAGCGGAUAUGGGUUGGCUCUACUUGUGAAGGACUUGGGCAUCAACCUUGAACUGUGUGGGAAAAUGGGCAUUGACACGCAGCUCGCGAAACACAUGCAUGGGCUUUUCAAGGAGGCUCUAGAGGAGCCCAAUGUGGAGCAAAGUGCGGAUUACACUGAGUGUCUGAAGUUAUGGGAGAGGAAGGCCGGUUUUGAAUUACCUACCGCGGUCGGGCUGAAGGAGUGCGACGAGCCUCGUGAUUUUGAGACGCCUUGA